UUUGUACUCUGUGUUGGUGUGUAUUUCUGUGUACUAAUACUGUGUAUUUGUACUCUGUGUUUGUGUGUAUUUCUGUGUACUAAUACUUUGUAUUAGUACUCUGUGUUGGUGUGUAUUUCUGUGUACUAAUACUGUGUAUUAGUACUCUGUAUUGGUGUGUAUUUCUGUGUACUAAUACUGUGUAUUUGUACUGUAUGUUAGUGUGUAUUUGUGUGUACUAAUACAGUGUAUUUGUACUCUGUGUUUGUGUGUAUUUCUGUGUACUAAUACUGUGUAUUUGUACUCUGUGUUGGUGUGUAUUUCUGUGUACUAAUACUGUGUAUUUGUACUCUGUAUUUGUGUGUAUUUCUGUGUACUAAUACUUGGUAUUAGUACUCUGUGUUGGUGUGUAUUUCUGUGUACUAAUACUGUGUAUUAGUACUCUGUAUUGGUGUGUAUUUCUGUGUACUAAUACUGUGUAUUUGUACUGUAUGUUAGUGUGUAUUUCUGUGUACUAAUUCAGUGUAUUUGUACUCUGUGUUUGUGUGUAUUUCUGUGUACUAAUACUGUGUAUUUGUACUCUGUGUUUGUGUGUAUUUCUGUGUACUAAUACUGUGUAUUUGUACUUUGUGUCAGGGUUGUACGGAGCGUUUCGUCUCCAGUCCUGAUGAAGUGAUGGACGUCAUCGAUGAAGGAAAAGCAAACAGACACGUGGCCGUCACCAGUCAGUCCUUAUAAUACUACUACUGAUACUACUGCAGUACUACUGAUAAUACUGCAAUACUACUGAUACUACUGCAAUACUACUGAUACUACUGAUACGACUGCAGUACUACUGCAAUACUACUGAUACUACUGCAAUACUGCUGAUACUACUGCAGUACUAAUGAUAAUACUGCAGUACUACUGAUACUACUGCAAUACUGCUGAUACUACUGCAGUACUACUGAUACUACUGCAAUACUGCUGAUACUACUGCAAUACUACUGAUACUACUGCUGAUACUACUGCAAUACUGCUGAUACUACUGCAGUGAUGCUGAUACUACUGCAAUACUACUGCAAUACUACUGCAAUACUGCUGAUACUACUGAUACUACUGCAGUACUACUGAUACUACUGCAAUACUACUGAUACUACUGCAAUACUACUGAUACUACUGCAGUACUGCUGAUAAUACUGCUGAUACUGCUGAUAAUACUGCUGAUAUUACUGAUACUACUGCAAUACUACUGCAAUACUACUGAUACUACUGCUGAUACUGCUGAUAAUACUGCUGAUACUCCUGCUUAUUCUACUGCAGUACUGCUGCUGCUGCUACAAAAAAACAUCUUAUAUGUGUUACAUUUGACUGACUGUUUAGUUGAAUAAUUGAUAAUAAGUUGAUUGAUUGAUUGAUGUGAUUGGUUGUUGAAGUUAUUGAUGAUUGUGGUGACUGCUUAUUGGUCGGUGGGUUAAUGAAGUGUCUCCUCCUGCAGACAUGAACGAGCACAGCUCUCGCAGUCACAGUAUUUUCCUCAUCAACAUCAAGCAGGAGAACGUGGAGACGGAGAUGAAACUGUCGGGAAAACUUUACCUGGUGGACCUGGCAGGAAGCGAGAAGGUCUCACACACACACACACACACGCUCACACACACUCUCUCACACACACACACACACACACACACACACACACACACACACACACACACACACACACUCUGUCUACAACAAACUCUUUUUUUAGCCACAAAAUAACUAAUGAGUGAAGAUGAAGAGUGAACAGAUCUGUGAACGAAUGAAUGAACCUGAACAGAACGGAGUAGAAUAAUCUACUGAGGAAGAUGAUGAUGAUGAUGAUGAUGAUGAUAGUAAAGGUGAUGUAGAUGAUGAUGAUGAUGAUGAUGGUAAAGGUGAUGUAGAUGAUGAUGAUGAUGAUGAUUGUGAUGAUGGUGAUGGUGAUGAUGAUGGUGAUGAUGAUGAAGAUGAUGAUGAUGAUGAUGAUGAUGAUGAUGAUGGUAAAGGUGAUGUAGAUAAUGAUGAUGAUGAUGGUGAUGAUGGUAAAGGUGAUGUAGAUGAUGAUGAUGAUGGUGAUGGUGAUGAUGAUGAAGAUGAUGAUGAUGGUGAUGAAGAUGAUGAUGAGGAUGAUGAUGAUGGUAAAGGUGAUGAUGGUGAUGAUGAUGAUGAUGAUGAUGAUGAAGAUGAUGUUGAGGAUGAUGAUGAUGAUGAUGAUGAUGAAGAUGAUGAUGAGGAUGAUGAUGAUGGUAAAGGUGAUGAUGAAGAUGAUGAUGAAGGUGUUCGUUUGUCCAGGUCAGUAAAACCGGAGCUGAAGGUUCAGUUUUGGACGAAGCGAAGAACAUCAACAAAUCUCUGUCGGCUCUGGGGAACGUCAUCGCGGCUCUGAGCGAAGGAACGGUGAGUUAGUGAUCACCAUGACAACAUCAGCUGACAGCGGUCUAGCUUACAGAGUGUGACCUGUUACAUCAUCAGUUCAUACGUGAUGGACUCUCUCAGCGUCGCUGACACGAGGCUGCUCUCCUGG